ACCACGAAUCAACUAUAACAAACAACCUUUCGUGCGGCAGGUGGAAACUGAUCUUCAUUCCGGUUACUCCGAGUUUGGGCUAAUCCGGAAAAAUGCAGAGUCUGGAGUUUUACGUUGCCAGGGCUAUCGAGCUGCUGGAGAAGCUGCAGGAGUCGGGUGACGUCCCCGGUCACAAGCUCCAGUCUCUGAAGAAGGUCCUUCAGAGUGAGUUCUGCACAGCCAUCAGAGAGGUGUACCAGUACAUGCAUGAAACAAUUACAGUGAAUGGCUGUCCAGAGUACCAGGCGAGGGCCACAGCUAAGGCCACGGUCGCGGCCUUCGCGGCCAGCGAGGGACACUCCCACCCGCGGGUGGUGGAGCUACCCAAGACGGAGGAAGGGCUGGGCUUCAACGUGAUGGGCGGCAAAGAACAGAACUCGCCCAUCUACAUCUCCCGCAUCAUUCCCGGGGGCGUGGCCGAGAGGCACGGGGGCCUAAAGCGAGGGGACCAGCUCCUGUCUGUCAAUGGCGUGAGCGUGGAGGGAGAGCACCACGAGAAAGCGGUGGAGCUGCUGAAGGCGGCCAAGGACAGUGUGAAGCUCGUGGUUCGCUACACCCCCAAAGUGCUGGAGGAGAUGGAGGCUCGCUUUGAGAAGCUCCGCACGGCCCGGCGGCGCCAGCAGCAGCAGCUGCUCAUGCAACAGCAGCAACAGCAGAACCUGGCCUCCCAGCAGAACCACAUGUCGUAGGUUGUUCCAAAAGAAGAAGUGAAGGGGGGCAAAAAGGUGGAUCUCAAAGACCAUCCGUUUGUGUUGAAGAUUCCCAAAGGAAACUCUCCAUCGCGGGAGGAAACCAACAAGUAAAAGACUCUUUUACUUCCUUUCUCUCCCUUCCAGUGUACCACCGAUUACUGAGCAAAAACAAAGAGAGCCCUUUGUCCUGAAAUUGGUGCUUCGAGGGAGGCCAGCACUGAAAGUCGUCCAUUUUAACUUUGUAUUCCCUUUUAUAAGUUGUGCUCCCUGAUUGUGACUCUUACCGAGACUCCCUUUCUUGUGUUUGUUGUUUUGUUUACAGUCAUCCGUUUUUUGAUUGCUUACUGACAUCCAUUACGCCGUGGCACCUUUGCCAUUUUGCCAUAGAUAUCAUUUGUACAGUGGUGUUUGUAUUGAUUCUUCAACUGGUGCUUGUGUCUCUGUAUGAAUGACCAUUGAUUUCUUUUUUUCUUUUUUUUCUUUUUUUCUUCUUUGUGGCCCGUUUUGGAUAAACGUGAACUCUUUUUUACCUUCUAUAUUGUAGCAAGAAAAUAUUUUUUAUCUUGUAGAUUUAGCAAUAACAAGACAUUCUUCAGUUUUACAUUUCAACACAAAAUUCAGAGUCUGAUACAUAUAGUAGAUGCGGAGUUUAUGGGAAACUGUAAUGAUGACAAAAUGUAAAUCAUUGUAAAACCAACUUAUGCACUGCAAGGCAGCUUCUGAGUCCAAAUCUAUCCUCUGUGCCAUUUAAAGAGAUUACUGAUUUACAGGUGGCAUGUACAAUUGAUGUGCAACAACUGCGAUUAUCAACCGGCUUUGGAAGCCACUCCCAGCUGAGAUUUAUCCAGAAAAUAUACGUUGCAGAGAGGCUCAGAUGAAUCCUCAGAAAUGUUAUCUGUGUCCUACAAACAGAAUGUUACCACUUUUUAUUUGAAUGGAGUGGGAAUUACAUUAAAGUAUUGUAGAAUUAUGUUUAUUUUUCAGACUUGUCUAUUUUAUAGUUUAUGAUAUGAGAGGUUUAACAAAGUAUUAUUGUUCCUUUAAAAUAUUAUGUAGUCCUACUAAAACAUGCAGAUUAUUAUUUAAAGUCUAUUAGUUGUAUAAGAGCUGGAAACUAGCACAUAAUUCAUGUAACUCUGUCCCCUAAUGUUUCUUUUUUUGACAAUCAUUGUGAGCUACGAUGAGGCCGAGGCGAAUGUUGGCCUCUGCACCUGUAAGGGAAAUCUGUUUUCUCCACCAAGAGAAAACCCUUUCUGACAUCUCCAUCUUUGGUGCUAAGUGUUCCUUGUUGUGUGUGUGUGUGUG